GGGGGAGGAAAAGAAGGCAAAUUUCGGUUUAGCAAGUGGGAGAGCCUCUCCGUCUCUCUCCUCCUUCCUCUGCUCGGCUCUCAUGGUUGUUUCUGCAGUUACCUUUGCUGCAUCGCCUUCAAUGCCACCGCUUUACUGCUGGAUCUGAGAGCGGCGCCACCGCGUCCACCUCUAGAGAUAAAGCAAAGCUCUCGUCUUUGUUCCAGCUGGUUCUUCAACAAUUCCUUCCAGAAUUCGCGCGAAUCCGUGCCAGAAGAUAGGGAUCUUGGCUCAGUUCUUGCAAGAAAGGUUCGGAUCUUUUCGAGCGAGAAACUUCUCUUCCGGUUAUUCAGGUGAGAUUUCCUGGCAUUUCUCAAUCCGCCGAGAGGUGAAGCGAAAUUAAGUGGAGGAUUUUGCUCAGUUGCUUUCUACGCGAAUCUGCGGAAUCUACGGGCACGGGGCCUUGAUUUUCUCUGCGAAUUCGGUGCAUGGAACAAUUCCUUCCAUUUCCAAGAAGAAGAAGAUAGCAGCUGCAGCUGCUGGGUACUGCUGUACUAGGCUCCAAUGGCGUCCUCGCCUUCUCCCUCGCCAGGCGCCACAAAAACAUCCCCCGUCGCCUCCGCCACCCCGCCACCUUCCACCACCUCGCCGACGCCUGCCUCCCCUCCUCCGCUGACCCUGCCCAAUGCCACCCCGGCCGACCCACCGACAUCCCCUCCCGCCCCCUCCGCAGCCGUGCCACCCCCGCAGUCAGCAUCCCCGCCGCCCCCUUCUCCGACGCCACCUCCAGCCACCGUGUCGCCCCCGCCAGUUGUUCCUGCCUCUCCACCACCCACCCCGCAGGCCGCAUUGCCGCCACCUAGUGCAGUGCCGCCACCCCCUGCGCCUGCUGUCCCUCCCAAGCAGUCGCCUCUACGCCCCCCUGCGGCCGCAUUGCCGCCUCCAUCCCCGAGCAAUUCGCCGCCGCCAAACCCGCCGGACAGCUCAACGACACCACCAGUAGCUCAGGCACCUCCCCCGCGCAAUAGGAGGCCGCCGAGGGCACCUACAACUGAUCCACAGGCGCCGCCGCCUUCUGUGAAUCCCAUCAAACCUCCCACCAGCCCCUCCCCAGUCUCUGCAGAUCCUACCAUCCCUACUCCCACUAGCUCCUCGCCGCCGGUCACAACACCAUCUGCACCGGGCUUUGGCCCUCCAUCUACAGGAAAUGAUCCAGUAACUCCACCAACAAUUGGAAUUGAGACCCCGGUUUCAAACAGGCCAUCGAGCUCCUCGGUGCAAGACAACAGCUCCUCGCCGAGCGGCGGUGGAGUGUCUGAUGGUGCAAAGGCGGGCAUUGGCGUAGUCGUGGCUAUUCUUCUGCUGAGUUGUGUUGGAGCUGCGUUUUGGUACAAGAAGAAACGGAGAAAAAUGACGGGGUACCAUGCCGGGUUUGUGAUGCCGUCGCCUUCGCCUUCUGCUUCUCCACAAGUGUUACUAGGACAUUCAGAGAAAACUAAAACUAACUACAGUGUUGGGAGUCAUGAUUUCAAAGAUACAAUGUCGGAGUACAGCAUGGGCAACUGUCGGUUCUUCACUUAUGAGGAAAUGCACAACAUCACGAAUGGUUUCUCAGCUCAAAACCUGCUCGGGGAAGGUGGCUUUGGAUCUGUCUACAAGGGUUGCUUACCCGAAGGAAGAGAGGUUGCCAUUAAGAAAUUGAAAGAUGGCAGUGGGCAGGGGGAGCGUGAGUUCCAGGCUGAGGUUGAGAUCAUCAGUCGUGUCCAUCAUCGCCACCUAGUGUCUCUUGUAGGAUAUUGCAUCUCGGGUGACCAGAGGUUGCUUGUCUACGAUUUUGUGCCCAAUGACACACUGCACUAUCAUCUCCAUGGACGUGGAGUACCGGUUUUGGAAUGGUCGGCUAGGGUUAAAAUUUCUGCUGGAUCUGCUCGAGGGAUCGCAUAUCUUCAUGAAGAUUGUCAUCCACGAAUUAUCCACCGAGAUAUAAAAUCCUCUAAUAUUUUGGUGGAUAAUAACUUUGAGGCACAGGUUGCUGAUUUUGGACUUGCAAGGCUAGCCAUGGAUUUUGCCACGCAUGUAACUACACGGGUGAUGGGAACUUUUGGGUACAUGGCUCCAGAAUAUGCAUCUAGUGGCAAGUUGACUGAAAAAUCAGAUGUGUUUUCUUUUGGCGUUGUCCUCUUAGAGCUCAUUACUGGUAGAAAGCCUGUUGAUGCAUCAAAUCCAUUGGGUGAUGAGAGCCUUGUUGAGUGGGCUAGGCCAUUGCUCACACAAGCACUCGAGACUGGCAAUGUAGGGGGGCUAUUGGACCCCAGGCUGGAUACAAAUUUCAACGAAGCCGAAAUGUUCCGUAUGAUUGAAGCCGCAGCAGCUUGCAUUCGACACUCGGCACCCCGGAGGCCCCGGAUGAGCCAGGUGGUACGCGCUCUUGAUAGCCUAGCCGACAUCGACCUAAACAACGGUGUCCAGCCAGGCAAGAGCGAGAUGUUCAACGCGCCUAACACCGCAGAGAUCAGGCUGUUCCAGCGGAUGGCAUUUGGCAGCCAGGAUUACACGACAGAUUUCACCCAGUCUAGCAGCUGGAACAGCAGCCAUCAGGGUAGAGAUGUGGAUGCCUCUGGGCCGAGGCAGCCGCAGUCGUAGUGUAAUUAGCUAGGUUAUUAUUGCCACGUCGGGUUGGGUUCAUUCCAUGUUAUUCUUUUGAGUGGAUCAUUCGUUUUGAGUUCUCUUUUUGGCUGACGGAAAGUAUGUACAUUGUGUGGUAAGGACCUGGACUCUACGAAUUCGAUGAACUGAAAACUUACUAA